CGGGCAAACUCCAAGCCGAUGAACUUCUCCCAUCAUAUUGCUCCACGUAUCAUCCCCUCCGAAUAUCAAACCAUACAAAACUAUGGUAAGAAUUCAUUCACGUGGUUUGGGCCGUAUCCAAGAGUGCACAUAAUGGAGCCAGAAAAACUCAAAGAUAUAUUUUCUCUAAUUGAUGAUGUUCCUAAGCCAAAUUUAAACCCCAUGAUCAAGCUACUUUUAGAAGGAAUUGUAAGCUACCAAGGGGCAAAAUGGGCCAAACACAAGAAGAUAAUUGCCCCUGCAUUUCACUUCUUAAAGUUGAAGGACAUGGUACCAACAUUCUUCAACACGUGUAACGAGAUGGUUAGCCAAUGGGAAAGAUUAGUUUCAAARGACGGAUCGUGCGAGUUGGAUGUCAUGCCUUAUCUUCAUAAUUUAACGGCCGAUAUCAUCUCUCGAACCGCAUGUGGGAGUAGCUACAAGGAAGGACAAAUGAUCUUCCAACUUUUGAAAGAAUUGAUUGAGCUGGUAACUAAAUCAGCAUCUGGGUUUUAUAUUCCAGGAUGGAG